UGGUACCGAUACCGAGCACUCUGGUACCGGUACCGUUAUUAAGGGUAUCGGUACCGGUACCUACCCCCCUAGCUUACACCAAGAUGGCCGCUGUUGAGAGGCCGCUGCUGGACGCCUCGAACAAGACCCUGAGUGACGAUGGGGGGGUCACACCAAGCACGUCGGUCCUCACCUCCCCCACCAGCACCACCACCACCACCACCGCCACCACCCUCACCACCACCACCACUGCCACCACCACCAGCACCACCACCACCACCACCACCAGCACGGCCUGGCAGAUGGAGGUGCUGAUGGAGCGUCUGCGGAGCAAGGCCGGAGGGUUCAGAUCCCUUGUGGAAUCGGCAAAGGGGAUCAAGCAGGCCAUUAUGAAGAAGCAACACCUCCUUGACCCAGGGGAGAGAGCCACCCUGGGGAGCUGCCUGGACUCCCUGCAGAAGAACAUCAAAGUUACUUCAUUAUCGGCCAUGGUGGAGCGCCUCGAGGCCACCGCAAGGCAGCUCGGCCUCAAAUUCACAGCAGGGACGUCCGGCUCCGAAGUCUUUGUGUCGUGUGAUAUGUUCUACGUGGAGGUCUUGCUGGAGCCUGACGGUCGUGUGAGGGACGUGAAGGUGGAGUUGGCGGGAGACCAGAGCACACACGAGGGCCUGGUGAGUUGUUCAUCGCCGGAGCUGAUGGAGUGCCUCAGCCGGGGGGACUUUGCCGACUUCACUGCCCACCUCGAUGGCUUCUCCUCCAUAUAUCAACUCAAUGCCGACAAGAAGAUCAAGAGCAAGGCAUUCCAGGCGCUGCAGGCCUUGGAGACGGACCUGACCAAGCUGUUUGAGUUGGCGCAGGAGACCAUCACAGACCCCUACAAGCUGGUUCUUAAGUCCCCGGUCGGCCUGCUCCAGCGAAGGCGAGGAGGACACGCCAUGCGACUUGUGUACUUCGUGUCGCCUUAUGAACUCCUUGACGUGGCUGCCGGGCGCGCUGUCACCCUCACCACUGACACGCCACACUCCCGAGAGCUCUCACACUACGUCACGGUGAACAUUGAGGCCUCCAACUCUCAUAAGCUGCAGACGACUACACUCAUGCUCAUAACCAAGCAAGCUAAUGGGAAGAAACUGCCCUCCUUCUCGGGCCUCACCACCGACAACAGUAUGACCCUGCCGGCCUGCUUCUCCCUCAAGCUGCGCCGCCCCAUGCCUGUGUCCCUUGCUCUGCUGCAGCGAAUCAAUGAGGUCACUGGGCUGGAGUGUGUCGACCCCAGCAACCAGCAGUCACUCAUCCCCCUCAUCAUCCAGCAGGCGGCGGACACACACUCCGAAUGCAACAGCAACCGGGGGCUCUUUGUGACCUUGCCCGACCAGCAGCACUGUUACUUCAUGACCAGCGCAGGGGAGGUGCCGGGGGUGAUGGUGACCUGCGUUCCCUUCACACACCCGACGCACAUCACCAGCAUCCUCAUGUGCCUCAGAGCCCAGGCUGCUUUCAACGCUCUCAUUGCCUCCUGCGUUCGGCCUGCCAGCAAGCAAGCCUCGUCCCCCUCAGACCUGGACUCGGCCUACAUCUUCGAGGUCACCGCCGCCAGCCACGAGUACAUAUCUGUGACCUUCGAGCACCCCCAGGAGGAGAGCACGGCCACGGCGGAGAUUGACCUCACCGACCUCUGUAAUGCCCGCUGUCGCCUCCACACGCUGACCCCUGACCCUGGCUUCUGCUCGGAGGAAUAUGUGACCAAGGUUUUGCAGAGGUGUAUGUCGAUCCCCGUGACGAUGAGGGCGGUGAUGCGGAAGGUCGCCAAGGAGGAGCGGAAGGAUGCCGUCAUGAGCGGGGACUCGGCUGUCAUGAUGGGCAGCGGCAAGCUCAACUCCGACUUCAACCAGAACACCACCAAGUUCCUUCUUAACGAGUACGACAAACUGGGGAUGCGCCGGGACCAGCUGAUGGCGCCGCACAUGACCAACCUCAACAAUGUCGUCACGAACACCUCCCACAACUACUACAACACCCCCUUCCCCCCCGGCCAGCACACAGGGACCACCGAUGCGAGUGCCACCGCGUCCACAAACCCCCUGGCAGCCCUAGGGAACGCCGUGCAGGAGGCUGGCACUCCCUUAGGGUACGGCGCGCUACUGGGAGCGAUGGGCCAUAAGUCAAGCAUCAGCCAGCCUUUUUUAGGUGAGGUCAAGUCAGCAAAAGUGAGGAAGAAAAAGAGCGUGUUGGACCCCGACCGGAAGAGCCCCAAGUAUAUCGAGGACGUGAUUGACCUAGAUGAUCGUAGCUCGGACUCGUAUCUGGGCGACGCCGUGUCCAGCCUGGUGGAGAUGAAGCAGCGGGACAUCAAGGUGGAGAAGGUGCCAAGCGUCCUCAGUAAGAGGCGCUCCUCCAAUGACAGCGGCACAACGGAUAUCGCCACCAGCGACCUGGCGGCACUCCGUGAGCAGGUCUACGGCGCCGCCUCAGCCGCGAACUAUGCCAAGAUCAACUCGUACUCCAUCAAGGACAGCAAGGACGUGAAGAAGGUCAAGAAACAGCGGACCGACGGACACGAUUCACGCAAGUCCCCAAUCGUCCUGGACCUCACCGAAGCCGAGACCUCAAGCAAGAAGUCUGGUAGCAGUGGCAGCAGCAGUCACAGCUCCUCAGCGUCACUCAGCGCGGCGUUACUGAAGCGUCCUGGUAUUGAGAUCAUCCCCAUCCCUGGCAGCAACACCCCCAUCUCCAUCCCCUCAUCCAUCACCGUCACCCCUGUUCUCAAAUCCGGGGACGACAAGUACAAGGAUAAAAAGGAAAGGAGGGAUAAGAAGGAUCUGGACCGCAAGGAUAAGAAGAGGAAGCGCGAGGACUCCCCCAGCAACAGCACCUCCAGCAGCAGCACCAGUGGGGGUAGCAGUAGCAGCAGUAGUAAGCCGGCUAAGGUCCAGAUCAUAAGCAGCGGACUCAAGCACUCGUCCUUAUCCUUCAAAGGGGAUGGAAGCAGCAAGUCCGGGCUGUCCGCUAUCACCGUUAAGCCCAGCACGCCUCCUUAUCAGUCCCCCUCCAAGAAGCCCUCCCUCUCGCCAAGCCUCUCAAAGUCCAUUCUACCAGGCAAAGUCUCCGUCAGCCCAACACACAAGCCUAACAAAGUGAUUUACAGCCCAACGCAGAGUGGCGGUCAGAGCUCCUCACCCAAGGGAAGGAGCAGCCCUAAGCCCUCGACAGGAAGCCCGAAGCACCCGAGCAUGUCGCCGAAACACACCAGCCUGGGGAAGCCAAGCAUGACGCAACUUAAGUCCGCCUCGCCGACGUUCUCGAAGCCGUCGCUCUCACCGAAACUCAAGAGCAAGGAGAAGGAGAGGAGUUCAAGCUCGAGCCCUUCCCGCCCUGUUAGCUCAUCCUCAUCCACACCCUCAUCCACCAUAGCAUCCUCGGUCUCGUCCUCAUCCGCUUCCUCCUCAUCCAUAAGCUCAUCCACAUUAUCGUCAUCCACCUCCUCCACGUCUUCAUCCUCACUAUCUGUUUCGUCCUCAUCUGUCACCGUCACGGCAGCGGUCGUUGCCACUACCACCACCACCACCACGUCCACCACCACAACCACCACCACCACGCCCACCACCACCUCCUCCUCAUCCACAUCCUCGUCAUCAUCCGGUUCUGCAGCUCCGAAAGUCAAAACGUCUUCCUCCUCCUCUUCCUCCUCCUCCUCAAGCAAUACAUCAAUGAGCGAGAAGAUAAAAAAUGGCCUCAGCGAUGCGCUAACGAUCACCAAGGUGUCGACGGGUGAAACGGCGUCGUCAGCUUCCCUAUCCUCGUCCUUCCUCGCGUCAACACAACCACAUACCGCACCGGCCUCCCUCGACGACAAGCCUCCGGUCUUCUCGGUUGACAAGGCCAAAGCAUCGCCGCCAAAAAACCGUAAGGGGCCGAGCCUGUCCGACAUCGUGGAUAAGCUACGUGUUGGCGUCGGGAACUCCUCGGACGCAGUAACCAUCAUUGAGAAGAACGACAAGGGGCAGAAGGAGUCCUCAAAGGGUGAUGGAGCCGAGAGCAAGAAAGAGGGGGAGAAGAAGACCGAGUUCACCGUCAAACCCUCGACUGGCGGCCUCAAACUGACGAUCAACAAGGCAAAGAAAAAGGACGAAAGCUCCAAGUCCCUGUCCACCAGCUCCCCCAAACCCACAGUCUCCAAGUCCCCAUCUGGUCUCAAACCUGGAGUGGUGAGCGGACCGGCCUCCAAGAAGGUCUCCAUGUCGAGUCUCCCGCCAAUCCCUAAGCUGCCCAGGUCCUCCAUGUCCAGUGUGACCGCCACGGCUGUGUCUCCGCUUGGCACUACCCUCCCUGGCAUGCACUCCAGCCCCCUGCAGUACCAGCGUGAGAGGACCAAGGAGAAAGAGAAGGAUCGGGUAAAUUCCGCGGACAGACUCAAACCGAAGGACAGCUCGCCUGCUAAGUCCCUAGGCCCCAUCUCCGAGCCCAAGAAGGAGAGCAUAGUGAAGACCCCCCUCCCGAAGCAGACCCCAAAGGAGGACCAUGGUCUGGGUCUGAGCCACAGGAAGCUGGAGUCAUCCGAGACCACGGAGAAACCGAGCAAAACGGUGCCUGAAUCUCGCACUGACAAGCUGGACAAGCCUGGACCACUAAAGGCGGAAGCUGACUCCACUCUUGGGGCGACCUCUGACUCCACAUCCUCCACCAGUAAGACAGCGGACACCUUCAUGGAUAAGGGAAGCAGCACCACCACCACCAGUACCACCACCACCACCACCACCACCAGUAGCAGUAGCAGUGUUACCAAUGAUACAUCCACCACUAGUGCACCGGCUAUCCCUCUGGCAGCCGCACCCUCAUCAUCCAGCGACCUCAUCCGUUCCCAGGACUCCUUCACAGCGCCAUCCUUUAAAUCCAGCAAGGAGGCGAAGGAGGACGGGAAGAGCAAAUCCGAGGCCACACUGCCACCCUACCGACCUCCUGUGACCUCAAGCAGUACCAGCGGGGGGACCGUCGACCACAUUCUUGACCCCACACCACCUCCACUGCCACCUCCACCUCCGCCACCACCCCCACCGCCCUCCUCCACCACCUCCACGACUGUCAGCACACCGGCAAUAUCUCCGCUUCGCCAGGCACCUCUACACACCACUCUAGCGAAGGGCAUUGACAGCAAGGAGCCAGUUGGGGCCGCUAGCCAAGACCCAGUGCCGGAGAAGACCAAGAUAUCGGAGAGUCUUUCCUCCAGUAUCUCCAGCGCCCAGACCACCUCCCUGCCUGGGCUAGGAUACCCCCCCUCCCCCUCUGUCUCCAUCAAGAUCGUGAAGUCCCCAGCACCUGUCCCGUCUCCACUUAACAUGAUCUCACCGCAUUCCGUGGCCUCCCAGCCCUCGCCCUGCAUCAUUGACGACGAGUUGAUGGACGAAGCACUCAUGGGCACUAGGAAGUAAGGGUUCUGAUACUCCCAGUGCUGAUGUGUGUGCUCAUAAGGGUGCUGGAACUCAUUGGCAUGUGUGAGUAAGGGUUCCGAUGCUCCCACUUCCUCUAUGUGUUCAGAAAGGUGCCGAGCUCAUGAGAACACGCGAGUAAGGGUUCUGAUACUCCCACUGCCUCUGUGUGUGUUUGGAAAGGUGCUGGAGUUCGUGAGGACAUGCGAGAAAGGGUUCUGUUACUCCCACUGCCUCUGUGUGUGUCCGUAAGGGUGCUGGAACUCAUUGGCACACACAAGAAAGGGUUCCGAAACUCCCUGUUUGUGUUCGGAAGGGUGCUGAGCCUCCCCCAAUGACAAGUGAAUGACAGGUAAUUUAUUUAUUGUGAGUGAGACAGCCGACCCACAUGUGAGCCCUGCAUAAUGCGUGUGUGCACAAAUGACGACUCUCGGCUGUAUGGUUUGUCUGUAAGGUUUUCAAGAGACUCGGUGUUGCAUCCCUUGUCUUGCCGGGUUAGGGGGAGGAGGCAAUAUUAUCAGAUGACAGCUGCAACCCUUCACUUCCCACGUUUUACUGCCUCUACCAAUGCUUUCUUCCUAUUAAGAGUUGGUGGUACUGUACAGUGUAAAGAAAACAAUAAAGUCUGUCAAGGA